GAGAGGCUGACGCAAAGCCCAGAGCCUCGCCGGAGACCGAGACCGGGUCCCAGAGCCGGAGCCGCCUCGUACAGCGGACUGCAUUGUUUCACCAGUUAACGGAGGCGGGGGUCCGGUUCUACCGUCUGAAUGUGAGGAGUACCGUCCGAACCGGAGACUGGACACUGUUUAUCUUUAUUUUGAUACCAUAACGGAUCGGGAAUCUUUACUUUGACCGGAUCGAUGUCAUUUUUGGCUGGAAAGUAAACCGCUUUAAAAUGGCAACCGCAGCCCGCUCCCGGCGACCAUAACCCGAGAGUCAGCUGAUCCCCUGCAGCUCCAUGCGUCCACGCCGGCUCUGCACGCCGUCCAGCUGAGCUCCUCCCUCCCUCCUGCUCCGGCAUCAUGUCGGCGGCUCAGACCCAGAAGGAGAGCAGCGAGGCGGGCUGGGGCUGCCUGGAGGCUCUGGGUCUCAGCCAGAAGGAGCUGGUCUUGGCCGAGGCCCUGCAGAUGGAGUACGACGCCCUCUCCAGACUCAAACAGGACAAGAGCGACACCGGGACCAGCCAGACCCCCGGUCCUAGAGCUCACAGCCAGGUCCGCUCCAAGACCCCCAAUCCCACUAUCGAACGCCCCAGGCCCAUCCCAAGCCAGCCCUGUCCUUCCUCCAUAGGAGGAGGUCUGCUGAGAGGCCUCUCUGGGUCAGACCCCUCCCUGAACCAACCUGGAGGGUCACAGUCUCCGCCCUCCAUCCCAUCACGGGCGCCCCCUACUCAGGGGGGCUUCAUCAAAGAGUCCCUUUACAUCCUGGACGGUCCGGACGCCAACAAGUUCAGGGACAGCUCAGGAACUGGCCUCGGGGACUCACACGGGUCAGGGUCAGGGUUUCUGUCUAAAGGCUUCCCCUCUCUUCUUGACGACGUGCCCCCCGCCAUCCCCCCGAGGAAUCCCCUCCCCCAUUCGUCAGGCUCAGAGAACCCCUUCCUGCCCUCUCGAGGGUCCACCAUGCCCCGUGAUGUGAACUUGUUCACGCCUGAUGUGGAUCAGCCCAAAGUGACCUCAGGAGAGCUGAACUAUGACAUCAUCAACGACUCACUGUCCCGACUCAACGAGAACCGACAGGGGCCCCGAGGUCGGAGGGCCAAUGGGGACCAAUCAGGGAAGCCUGUUGCUCGGAGUAAGACCCUCCCCCCUCAAGUCCCACCCAGGACUUACGUACCUGUUCCCAAGAGCAACAAGAACCAGCGGCGGGUUUCUGCAGACCCGGUGUCGCUGGGAUCCAGGAUGAAUGGAUUUGGAUAUGAACUGUUUCAGGUUUCUGAGGAGAGAGACGAGGAGGUGGCAGCUUUCUGUCACAUGCUGGAUGUGUGAGUAACACACACACAC